AUGGGAAAGCAUGCUAAGAGUACUACUGCUUUCUUUGUACUUCUUUUAGUGGUGGUGGUGUUGAACUUAGGCUUGGCUAAGGGACGAAGGCUUGAGGAGAAGGAUGGAGGCUUUGGCAUUAACGGUGGUUAUGGUGGUGGUGUCGGAGGGGGAGGGGGAGGGGGCAUAGGAUAUGGUGCAGGCGGAAAAGGUGGUGGAAUAGGUGGAGGUUCCGGGGGUGGUGUUGGAAUAGGUGGAGGUUCUGGGGGUGGUUUUGGAGGAGGAGGCGGUGCAGGAGGUGGAAUAGGUGGCGGUUCUGGGGGUGGUGUUGGAGGAGGAGGCGGUGCCGGAGGUGGAAUAGGUGGAGGUUCCGGGGGAGGUGCUGGAGGUGGAAUAGGUGGCGGUUCCGGGGGAGGUAUUGGAGGAGGAGGCGGUUCCGGAGGUGGAAUAGGUGGCGGUUCCGGGGGAGGUGUUGGAGGAGGAGGCGGUGCCGGUGCUGGAGGUGGAAUAGGUGGAGGUUCCGGGGGUGGUGUUGGAGGAGGAGGCGGUGCUGGAGGUGGAGGUGGAAUAGGUGGUGGUGCUGGAGGUGGAAUAGGCGGCGGUUCCGGAGGUGGAAUAGGUGGAGGUUCUGGGGGUGGUAUUGGAGGAGGAGGCGGUUCUGGAGGUGGAAUAGGUGGCGGUUCCGGGGGAGGUAUUGGAGGAGGAGGCGGUGCUGGAGGUGGAAUAGGUGGAGGUUCCGGGGGAGGUAUUGGAGGAGGAGGCGGUGCUGGAGGUGGAAUAGGCGGCGGUUCUGGGGGUGGAAUAGGUGGAGGUUCUGGGGGUGGUGUUGGAGGAGGAGGCGGUGCUGGAGGUGGAAUAGGCGGCGUUUCUGGGGGUGGAAUAGGUGGAGGAGGCGGUGCUGGAGGUGGAAUAGGAGGCGGUUCCGGGGGAGGUGUUGGAGGAGGAGGCGGUGCUGGAGGUGGAAUAGGUGGCGGUUAUGGGGGUGGUGCUGGAGGUGGAAUAGGUGGUGGAUCAGGGGGAGGUGGUUUUGGUGGAGGAAAAGGCGGUGGAUAUGGAGGUGGUUUUGGUGGAGGAAAAGGCGGUGGUAUCGGUGGAGGGUACUAA